UAGGCUACAUCCCGAAUGAGCACAGAAACUUUUUUGUUGUUGUUUUACUGGCAUUAAAACAUGGCUGGAGAAAGUCAUGCUACGGUACCACAGCUAGAACUGGAAUCCGUCAUUGGAUUUAAUGGACGGGUCCCCAGUGGGUUGAAUGUGCACCCAGACCGAGAGCACCUCGUUUACCCGCUGGGAUGCACCAUCAUCAUCCAGGCACUGAGAAACCGCAAGCAGGAGUUCCUGCACGGACACACCAACAAUGUCUCCUGUGUCACUGUAUCCAGAAGUGGCCAAUACAUUGCUUCUGGACAAGUCACUUUCAUGGGCUUCAAGGCUGAUAUUAUCAUCUGGGAUUAUUCCAAGCGAGAGAUCCAUGCCAGGCUGACCCUGCACAAAGCUAAAGUGGAAGCGUUGGCAUUCUCCCCGAACGACCUCUACCUGGUGUCUCUCGGAGGCCAGGACGAUGGCAGUGUUGUUGUGUGGAAUGUAGCUAAGGGGGAGGCAGUCUGUGGCAGCCCUGCUUCAGCUCCCAGUGCUGGAAACUGCCUGACUGUAAAAUUUUCCAAUAACAAUGAUGCCAUCUUUAUAACAGCUGGAAAAAGCACACUCCGUGUCUGGGACUUGGAUCUUCCAAACAGAAAAAUCCACCCCACAGAAUGCCAAACCGGACAGCUGAAAAGGAUUGUCACGUGCCUUGAGGUAUCAGAUGAUGACAGUUUCUUCUUCUGCGGAACAUCCAGUGGAGAUAUUCUUACAAUAAACCUGAAAACCAAGCUUCUUAAUAGCUGUGCACCUCAGAAGAAGAAAUUCAGUCUGGGGGUGACUGCGCUGAAGACACUGAAAACAGGAGACUUGCUUGUUGGAUCUGGAGAUGGAGUAGUUUCUCUUUGCAAAGGAACACCUUUUAAAGCAAUAAAACAAGUUGAGCUGGUAGGUGGUGUGACUUCAAUCUCGCUUAGAGGACAAGGGCAUCAGUUCUUUACUGGUUCUGAAGCUGCACAGAUUUAUCGGUUUAACUACACAGACUUUAAAGAAGAACUAGUCAGCACAUGCCACAACGAAGCUGUUCAUGAUAUUUCCUUCCCUUUUGGCACUUCAGAGCUCUUUGCGACAUGUUCCAAGAACGAUAUUCGAGUGUGGCAUACUGACACCUGCAAGGAGCUGCUGCGUAUCACAGUGCCCAACAUGACCUGCCACGCCGUGGAGUUCAUGCAGGAUGGAAAGAGCAUUAUCAGCGCUUGGAAUGAUGGGAAGAUCCGUGUUUUUACCCCAGAGAGCGGCAAACUAAUAUACGCCAUCAACAACGCUCACAGCAUGGGAGUGACUGCCAUCGCUGCCACCAGUGACUGUAAAAAGAUUAUAAGUGGAGGGGGAGAGGGACAGGUGAGAGUUUGGGAAAUUGGCAAAGGCUUCCAGAGGCUAAUAGAAGCAAUGAAGGAACACAAAUCUUCUGUGUCCUGUAUAAAAGUGAAGAGGAACAACACAGAGUGUGUCACUGCUAGUUCAGAUGGGACUUGUAUUAUCUGGGAUCUGGUGCGAUUUGUGAGGAAUCACAUGGUCCUGUCGAAUACGUUAUUCAGAUGCGUUUGUUACCACACAGAGGAGUUUCAGAUAAUCACCAGUGGCUCAGACAGAAAGAUUGGAUACUGGGAGGUCUUUGAUGGCUCAGCAAUUAGAGAACUCGAGGGCUCCCUGUCUGGAUCCAUUAACGGCAUGGACAUCUCGCCUGACGGCACGCACUUUGUUACUGACCAGGACAGAGACUUCACAAGCAACAGGAAAACAUGACCUAGGCUGUAAAAUGCAUUGAUUUUGAUGUUAUAACAUUGAAAGGGCAUUUAGAAAUUUCAGGCAUCAGUAGACAUGCUUGUUUUGUGAUAGGUCGAGUCUUUUUUGGUAGACUGUGAGAGUGUUUCUUUGAUGUUAUAAAGCUGUGAACAUCGUAUAGGGACUUCUUGUGGCAUCGUCUUUUAUGAAUAAAUCGUUAUCCCGCUCUGCAGUGCUCUAUGGGUGUCAGUUAUACUCAAAUGAUGUGCUUACCCCUAUCUCAAAGCAACCCAGAAACCUAAAAAAGUAUUUCCCUUAUCGCUUUAAAAAUGUAUUUAAAUUCAUUUUUUUAACACCUCACAAGCCCACGCAGAAAAUAUUAGUAUGUCUUGUAAAAUGUUAUCAGUACACAGAAGGCUCUGGGAGAACGUACAGGUAGCAGAUUAUUAUUAUUUUUUUUGUAUAAAACUGAAUAUGCUUGUGGGACACUGCAGUGUUAAGCACAGUACGUUUCUUCC